AUGAACACAGGUAUCCUGCCACGGGCUGGCAAUCGAGUUCUCGACGUCAACCCCCCUAACGCCGACAUCCAUCUGGGGCGAUGGGGAAGUGAUUGGGGCUGGACCAUGUUCUGCCUCAUGGCCGCUUCAACGCUGGUCCUCCUAAUCUGGUCAUUCGUCGUGCCACAAAACAGAAGGGGUCUCCACUAUCUGCUCACCGCCGUCGUCGCCAUCUCGACCAUUUCGUGGUAUUCUCAGGCCAGCAAUCUCGGCGCUGCACCUAUCACGGUGCAAUUUCUCCGCGACAGCCCGCACGGCGGCGGCUACGCAGGCUAUCCGACGCGUCAGAUCUGGUAUAGUCGCUAUGUCGACUGGACGCUCACCACGACGCUCUUGCUGCUCAGCUUGCUCCUCGUGUUCGCAUGUGCUGCAUUCUUUUACGUCUUGUACCACAUCUUUUCUUCGGGUCUGCGCUCAUCUCGGCGACUCGGGCAUGGGUUCGGACGUGCCUUCCUGGCGGCUUCAACGCUGUUGGCCUUCAUCUGGCCCAUGUACGCCAUCUGUUGGGCCUUGAGUGAAGGCGGGAACGUCAUCGGUAUCAGCGAGGAGUUCCUCUGGUACGGUCUCUUGGACCUCUUAUGCAAGCCCAUCUUUGCUUUUUUGCUUCUCUUCAUGCUGAGGACGUGCGACUAUGGUGCCCUUCGAUCGUUGACCGAAACCGAGAUCGAGAACGACGAGCAGCGACGCGGCAACGUGGACAAGGACCACGAGGGCAUCGGUUCUUCGUCCGUCCAAAACAUAACUGCAGCGAGAUCAGCUCCUCAUUCCGGUCCAAACCCUCCUCCUCCUCCUCCUCCUCCUCCUCCUCCUCCUCCUCCUCCUCCUCCUCCUCCUCCUCCUCCUCCUCCUCCUCCUCCUCCUCCUCGUCGCACUCCUCCGCCCCAUGACGCUCCUCCGGCCAUGAUGACGUCCUCUUCUCCGGCCUGA